GGAGGAACCUGUCAAGAUGAGGUUCUCUCUCCACAUCGUGCUGGCCCUGCUGCAGCUGUGCAGCCCAGCCCUCCUCACAGACCCUCUGCUGUACAUCACCCAGAUCAAGGAAGGGAGGGAGGCACCCAGCAAGGCCUGGCUAAACCCACUGCUGGAGGAUGUCGUCCCCUCCUUUGAGUCAAGCAGUCCAGCCAGAGAGGCAGGCCUCCUGGGGAAGGAGACAGACCCCGCGCCCCUGAUCACGUAUGGGGACAACGCCAACCUGAAGUGGGCGCAGUGGGAGGGCUCCCUCCCCAACGGAGCGGUGGGCAUCUACAACGGCUACACGGAACGCACCGAGUACAUCUGCAAAGUCAACUGUGAGUCUGGCUUCUACACCCCCAGCAAAGGGAACGUCUGCCUCUACCCGUACGCAGACAAGGAGUACUCUUCCUCCAAGUUUGAAGUCCUGGUCAACGUAGACAACUUUGAGUUCCUGGAGUGGAUCGAGGAUAAGUACGGGUCCGUCCCGAAAGACUCAGUCAAGACCUGCACUGGGGUGGAAAUCUACGUGGGGAAGAACAAGUACGGCCUGGGUAAGGUGGUGCCAAUGCACGAGGCCUUCUUCCUGCCCUGGGAGGGAGAUGAGUACUGGUACAAGAGCUACCAGGUCCUGGCCAUCAACACCGACGCCUACAACCAGCACAUCUCCCACGUGGAGUACGGCAUCGACCAGAUGGAGCUGUUCCACCACGCUCCCGAGACCAUGCAGAUGGCCAGGGUCACCAACCUGGAGUGCAACAGCGUGGGGAAGACCGUGAAGCUGGAGAAGACCAGCACAGUGGAGAAGACCUGGGACAUCGGCAGGACCACCCGCAACGGCUCCGUGUCGACCAUGAAGGCCAAGAUACCCAUCAUCAGCCCGGGCAACGUGGACAUGUCCAAGGAGCAGACGGUCAGCUUCUCCGAGGGCACCACCAUGGUGGAGUCCAUCAGCCACUCCAUCUCCGUGGAGCUCCUGGUUCCCCCGAACCACUCCUGCGCUGUGAGGAUGGACGGGAGGAAGAUGACCGCGGACAUCCCCUUCACGGGAAGGCUGAGCAGAACGUACCAGAACGGCGACACCCACUGGACCACCAUCACUGGCACCUACGAUGGUGUGAGGGUGGGAGAGAUCAACGCGGUGGUGGAAAGAUGCCAGCCUGUAUCUGAUGCUGUGCCCUGCAGCACUUACGACAUGGACUGAGAUAGAUUUGUACCCCCGAGGUCGAUUCUGAAUUGUAUUUUGCCAGGAAACAUCCCCUCAGAGGGAAUGACCCCUUUCAGUUCUGUUCAUUUCACAGAAACAAUAUGACAAUGUUGUAACUCAGUGUUGACAUUAUGUAACCAGUGUCUACUUUCCAAAUAAUAAAUGUGUUCUUGGUGCAACAUUUA